AUGGAUAACGAGACGUGGGACAUGGACGUGUUGCUCCUGGAGGGUCUGAGGGUGGAUCCUGGUUUCUCCCUGGCGGCGUUCCUCCUCCUGCUCCUCGUUUACAUCUUCAUCCUGGUCUCAAACGUGGGCUUAGUGCUCCUCAUCUUCGCGGAGAAGACGCUGCGGACGCCGAUGUACCUCCUGUUCUGUAACCUGAUCCUGAACGACGUCUUUGGAGCCACCAUCAUCAUCCCCCACGUUCUCCUCGACAUCUCGUCUCCGUCGGACCAGAGGCGGAUCCCGUUCUCGUUCUGCGCUCUCCAGGCGUUCUGCGUCAACCUGUACGGCAGCACGUCGCACACGGUUCUCAUGGCGAUGGCGUUCGACCGGUACGUGGCCAUCUGUAACCCGCUCAGGUACUCGUCCAUCAUGAGUCCCGGCAUGGUGCUGCGCCUGUCCCUGGCCUCAUGGGGGAGCACUCUCGUCAUGGUGGCCGUGCUGCUCGGUCUCACUCUCCGCCUGUCUCGCUGUCGUCGCGUCGUUCCAAAUCUCUUCUGUGACAACGCGUCUCUGUUCAAACUCUCGUGUGACGACCUCACGGUGAAUAACGUCUUCGGGUUGGUCUACACCGUGCUGCUGCUUGGCUCCUCCCUCCUCGCCGUCUCACUCACCUACUUCAAAAUCGCGUGCGUGUGUCUCCGGCGCCGCAGUGCGACCUUGAAUCGACGAGCGCUCCACACCUGUGCGUCUCACCUGUGCGUGUACCUGCUGCUGCUCGUCUCCGCCUUCGCCGUGGUCACGCUCCAUCGCUUCCCCAAGUUCUCGGAGCAGAAGAAGGUGGUGUCUGUGGUGGGGGAGGUGCUUCUGCCGGCGCUCAACGCUCUCAUCUACGGCGUGCAAAUACGACAGAUACGAGCGCGAGUGGGGGCGCUGUUCUGCCGCAAGAAACUGGGACUAAUGCAGAACUCGUCCUCUGGGGGGCGCUGGCUGCAGGUGGAGGGCUUCUUUCUCUCUGGAGGCUGGUCCGUCGUGGCGAUGGUCUGCUUCCUGCUGCUGUAUGUCGUGGUGCUAGCGGCUAAUGGUAGCGUUGCCGUGGUGAUAGCGUGUGACCGCGCGCUGCACACGCCCAUGUACCUGCUGUUUGUGCAGCUAUCGCUAAACGACAUCUUGGGGAACUCGGCGGUCGUGCCGCAGGUACUGAUGGACCUGCUGCGCCCGCCGGAGCGCCGGGUGCUGCACCUGUCGGCGUGCGUCCUGCAGGCGUUCUUGGUGCACUUAUGCGGCUCGGCGUCGUACACGAUCCUCAUGACCAUGGCGUUUGACCGCUAUGUGGCGAUCUGCCACCCGCUGAGGUACGCCACCAUCAUGAGCGGCCACACCCUAGUGAAGCUAACGGUGCUAGCGUGGGGCGGUGCUUUGCUGCUGCCUAGCGUUCUGAUCAGUACGACGCUUCAGCUGAGUCGCUGUCGCUCGCUGAUCAGGGGGUUGUACUGUGCGAACGCGUCUUUGUUCAAACUCUCUUGUGAAAGUGUUCUGCUGCACAACGUCUUGGGUCUGGUCUUCACCGCCGCCCUGAUGGUCGGCUCCGUCAGCGUCAUGCUCCUCACCUACGUCAGGAUCACUGUGGUCUGUGUGAAGCAGCAGAGCUCCAGCCUGAACAGAAAGGCUGUGCAGACGUGCUCCACACACCUGCUGCUCUACCUGCUGCUGAUGCUGGGCGGCCUCUCCAUCGUGGGGCUGCAGAGAGCGCCCGGGCUGGUGGAGGAGAGGAAGGCCCUGGCUCUGCUCAAGGACCUUCUGCCCGGAGCCCUCAACCCCAUCGUCUACGGCCUGCAGAGCAAAGAGCUGCGGCGCCACCUGCUGACCAGGAGGACGCACACGCAGUAA